AUGGCCAACGAUGUAGCGCCUAGAACGGGAAGAUUCAAGAACAUUGUCAAGUAUCACCCUGAUAACAUUAAUAAGGCAAGCAAUGAAGAUGGGGUCGAGAAGCACUACGAGAAUACUAGCCAGAAGAAGAAGAAGACGACGGCGAAGGCUCAGGUCAUCGAGGUGGCUGAUGACGAUGCAGGGCUCGUGGCUGAUGACGAUGAUGUGGCAGGGCUCCUGAACCGUAAAACUGAAUACCAGAAAGAUGUCUCCAUGGACGAGAGCAUCAUCGCCGAACGAAGACCCAAGCGGGACAAGAAAGUGAUCGAACACUUGAUCAGCGCUCUGCCAGUGUGGAGGCGGAAGGGAACCGUAUACGACUGUGAUGAAGUUCAUGCUGAUGCCUGGGAAGCCCUCAAAGACAACAACUUAACGAUGGCGGUAGACGAUGACGAUUAUGAUCCGAUUAUCAUACACAAAUACCACCCGAUCCUCAACAGACACAACGAGGCUACUCGCAUUUUCAAAGAACGCGCUGCCAGACAGCUUGUUGAAAGCACGGAGGCCUUCGACGACAGGGACAGACGAGAGGCAAAAGAGAUGCUCGGACACAUGCUGAAGCAUGCUAGGGAUUCAUACGUGGACGGAUUCCUUGCUGACCAAGCCGCCGACAGUUUGGCCGACAAGGUCUUUCAAGGAAACUACAACCCGGAGCCCACCGAGACAUACACCACGGAAGAAGCAAAUAAUUGCGCACAGAGAUUCUUGGACGCGUUUGACACCACGCAGCGACGUACACUUGGAGAAGACCUCCUCAUAUCUAGGGUUGUCAAAUCCGAAAAUUGGAUCGGUGCCCUUGCCAUUGCGCUUCUGCCACCCAGAGAAGUCCUUGAGAGGAUGGGCAAGGUGCAGACAAGCCAGGGAACUGGCGAGAAUAUGAAGAAGCGGUAUAGAGAGAUGACGACGAAGUUCCUGACGGGGUAUCACGAGGAACACAAAGCAUACACCUCUUUCGUGUACAUCCUCUACUCCUUCUACACUCUCACUCGGAUACUGCGCGAAAAGAACCAGACAGAGGCGGCAGCAGAAGCACGCGAAGACGAUGACGAUGAUGACGAUGGUGGCAGUGAUGAUCAGGAUGAAGCGUACGGCGAAGGUGACGACGACGAUGGAGGGCAGGAAGCAAGGGGUAGCGGAGAUGAGAAAGACGAGCCGGCGAAGAAGAAGACAGUGGGACAGACGAAGGCCAAGACUCAAGGAAAGCUCGGCGGCGACCGUUCUGCGCAGAGCCACAAGAAGCGAAAGGCUUCUCCCGCGGAUAGCAACCGUCGACGUAAGAGAGGCCGAUAUGAGGAGGCUGAGAACUGA